CUUGCGUGGAGGUUGCCUCUCCGUCCUUUCGCUCCCUGGGCCCUCGGGAAAAACCCAGCACCCCGUCCCCGUGGCCAGCCCCUUCCGCCAGGCUCUCUCCGCUCGAUUUCGCCACCGUUAUGUGGGAAGCGAAUCCGGAGAUGUUUCACAGAACAGAAGAAUUCUUAUCCAAGACUGCAAACAGCGAGACAGAUGAGAUGGACACGUCGGACACGCAGUGGGGCUGGUUUUACCUGGCAGAGUGCGGGAAGUGGCACAUGUUUCAGCCGGAUACCAACAUUCAGUGUUCAGUUAGCAGUGAAGAGAUCGAAAAAAGCUUCAAAACAAACCCUUGUGGCUCCAUUUCUUUUACUACUUCCAAAUUCAGCUACAAGAUAGACUUUGCAGAAAUGAAGCAGAUGAAUCUCACCACUGGAAAACAGCGCUUAAUAAAAAGAGCCCCUUUUUCUAUCAGUGCUUUCAGUUAUAUCUGUGAAAAUGAGGCCAUCCCCAUGCCACUCCACUGGGAGAAUGUGAAUACCGACCUGCCCUAUCAGCUCAUUCCUUUGCACAAUCAAACACACGAAUACAAUGAAGUUGCUAGUCUCUUUGGGAAAACAGUGGAUCGCAACAGAAUUAAAAGAAUUCAGAGAAUUCAAAACCUAGACUUGUGGGAGUUCUUUUGCAGGAAAAAGGCUCAGCUCAAGAAAAAAAGAGGUGUGCCUCAGAUUAAUGAACAGAUGCUAUUUCAUGGCACCAGCAGUGAAUUUGUGGAAGCAAUUUGCAUUCAUAACUUUGAUUGGAGAAUCAAUGGUAUACACGGUGCUCUCUUUGGAAAAGGAACCUAUUUUGCUCGAGAUGCUGCUUAUGCCAGCCGCUUCUGCAAAGACGACGUAAAGCACGGAAACACAUUCCAGAUUCACGGCGUAACCCUGCAACAGCAGCAUCUGUUUAGAACGUACAAAUCUAUGUUUCUUGCCCGAGUGCUGAUUGGAGAUUACAUAAACGGAGACUCCAAAUACGUGCGCCCUCCUUCCAAAGACGGGAGCUACGUGAAUUUGUAUGACAGCUGUGUGGAUGACACCUGGAAUCCCAGGGUCUUCGUGGUGUUCGACGCCAACCAGAUCUACCCCGAGUACCUGAUAGACUUUCAUUGAUUUCAUGUCCAAGCUUCCGUGGUCAAAGAAGUUUUAUUCUUUUUCCCAGGGAGAUCUGCUUGCCGGUCACCUAGCUGCUCAAUGUUAAUUAUCUGAUCCUUUUGAAACAGAUAUGAAAGAAAGGGGCCUCCCUAUAAAAAGACAUACUGACU